CGGACGGUGCGCGUCGCCCGCGUCGCCUCGACCGUCUCUUGUCGCCUAUCCCUCUCUCUCUCUUUCCGUUUCGCUCCUUGUUCCUCGGACGGACGCCGAUCUCUUCCUCUCUCUCUCUCAGGAGUGCCUUGCGCGGUCGAUAUAUCGCGAGAUAUCGCGGGAUAUCCCGAGUUAUCUCGAGGUGGACGCGCGGUCGUUGCUCCUGGGCACGGUCUCUCGGUGGCGAACCCUCGGGAACUCUGCGUACCCUGGUCCCGUUAAUCCCGUGGGCGCACCUUUCACGCGCGCCGCUCAUACGAGCCGACCCCUCCGAUUGGUCGAGCCGGGUCGCGGUCCCGCGCAUGCGCGAUCUCUCGGACCUGCGGAGAGGAGAGGCAGCGCGAGGGACGUCAGUCGUCGGAGACGGUCGCGCGCGGAAGCAUCUACGGGGUCGAAGAGGAGAUAAGUGGGAGGAUCGAUACCACCGAGUCGAUAUCUCGAGGCAUCCGGAGUCCCCGAGAGGAGGAUAGAAGCCGUCGAUGGACCGCAGUGGAUGUUUCCAAGGAUACCUGGGAUCGAUAAUCGAUCGAUAGAAGGGAAUCGGAGAGGUUAGGAGCUCCUCCCUUGGUCGCUGGAUUUUAUUCCAGGAGAGAAGGGUAAGGGAGAGCGGAGGAACCGGUGCGGUCGGCUCCUGGACCUAGGAAGAGACCGGAAGUCGUGCCGGAAGUCGGCGGAAGCGGUCCACGGGAGUCCAGGGGAAGGUACGCGGCCAUCAUUCCCUCCAUCCUGCACCGGCUUACCGAGGUGAUGAAGACUCGGGCGAUCAGCUGACUAGCGGACCUCCUCGGGGGCCGGAUGGGCGUCCAGGACGGUCGACACGAGAAACUGAGGGACCUUGGACGGGAACGACGACCGGAGGACUUCUCGGCCAUGACUUUCGGCAUCUCUCUGCAGAACGACAAGAACCUACGGUUCGCCGACGACGCCCCGAUUCGGCCCAACACCGUCUCGGCCGAGGAGGGGAUGCUGACCGGCGGCCUCGGGGCGAAGCUGAAAUGUCCCACCCCGAUCUCUCGAUUAAGGGUCGAGAAGAUCGAGGGGGGUCUCAUGGUGGCGGGGGUUGUCAUCGCUGCCAACUGCCAGAUCGCUCUUCCUGCCUUCGGGUUCCUCUUCAUGCUCGUCGGCGCCGUCCUCACCGCUGCGUCCUAUCGGGGUCCUGGGGAGGACGAGGACAAGGACUCCUAUGCGGCGAGGAUAGCCUUCACCGGGAACUCCAGGAUCCUGGGGCCGAUCUGCAUCGUUGUCGGGGCCCUCAUGCUGGCUCUUGGAGUCCUCCUCUGCAUGCUGACCAGACGGGCAAGGAGGAGGGAACGAAGAGUCGGUUUCCACUGUCCGUUGCACGGGGACUUCUAUCCGUUGAGCCCGGUCCAGGGUGUCAAGAUGCUCGGAGUCACGGGCAAGGACGAGGGCAGCUGGUCCAGGAUCCCCUGCCUUAAGGGCAGGAGCAACGGAAAGGCUGGUGGAAAUGGGUCCUCCGGUGGACACGUGGGCCCUCCUCAGUGUCCGCACUCCGUCAUCAGCAGCACUCGCAGCUCCGUCAGCAGCUCGCCUCUUAGUCCGUGUCCCACCCCGAUGCCGUUCCUCGUCACGUCCGGCUCCGUCAGCAGCGGCAUGGUGCCGACCGUCGGAGCGAAUCUUUCGCCCGAUCAGACUUUCGGAUCCAUCAGGUCGCUUUCCGUGACGAGAGAAGUCGCAAGCUUCCCGCUGUCGCGUACACCUACGCCUCCACCACAGCACAGGCCCGUCUCCCUGCCGAACCCGGAGAACCCUGGGGGAAUCGGAAGUCCCCUCAGGGAGGCGUCUCCCAGGCCGGAAGUGCGCGUGGUGGCGCCUGCGCAUCGACCGACCACCACCAGCAAUGGGUCCGGCUCGGCUCCCAGUCGCAAGUCCGUCAGCAUCCUGCUUCCCGAACGUACCAGCGGAUGACCCCAACCUGGGUUCGUCCACCGCUGCGACGAGAACCCGCUCGCCAUCUGAGACGUCUUUCCAUAGCCCUGAAGAAAGGACGCGGAUCUUCCCCGAGGAGAUCUCCCUACCCCAAGACCCUCCACCGAGAUAUCCUCUUAGAGAACGAACGCCCUACGCGGUUUAUUCUGCUCGGCGGACCGUAACCAUCCGUCGACUUCCGGUCUAUCCUGAGGAGGGACUUUUUAACUCGAGCUCCGGGGUUAUUGUCUCUAACGGGAGUAAUCGCUUCUCGGGAACUCGUCGAAAUUGUAUUGUUAUCAGGGGGGGAAUUAUUUGAUAUGCUCCGGGAUGAAUUCGACCCCGUUAUGGGAAGGACGAGGGGUGGAGUUAACUUGACGGAUGGUUAUGGUAUUCGUUGAAGUUCCUGGGCACUUCCUUUGGGAUCAGAUCAGUGGGUUCCUUUUUUUCUUUUCGUCGGGAUUUUCCGGAAUCCCGGGGCGUGCAAUGUAGCGAUCGCACCCGGAAGAGGAGGUCUGGGGGUGGAGGUGUUCCCAUCGAGGGAUGGACCGGUAGUUUAAGUAUAAGGACCUUUGGGGGAGGUCCUCGAAGGGAUCGUCGAGUUGGAGGGUAGAGUAAUCCAGCUUUCGGGUCCGGUUAUCGGAAUCCGUCGAACGAUGGGACGUGGAGGACAACCAGGAGUCUUGGGGGCGACGUCCUCGUCUGCAGCAGUUCCUUCGAAGAGCGACUUCAGGGCGCAAGCUCGACCUUCCACCAAUCAACCCCGAGCAGUGCUUCGGUGACGACAAUCACGAGGAGGCGGUGCGUGGCCAAAACUCGAGCUGUCGAUCUCGGAGACGCGAUGCCGAAUUACGAAUCCGCAAGCCUGCGAAAAUGGCGAGGGAUGAUCCAAUUGGGUCGCCGAAAGGUCGGAGACCCCCAGGACGCCUCCAAAUUGGAUCGCAUUCGGAAGACGUCGACGGCCUUCGCCGAGGAGGCUCUACAAUGGUGCUGAGAAUCCGGAAGAAUGGAUCUGUACGGAAGGGAAGGUCUGGCGAACCGGAAACGACCACGAAGACGGAAGCUUGGGACGCUGGGAACCAAGCCACGAUACGUGGACGAGAAGGGCGAGGAAUAAAAGGUUCUGAUAGACUAAGGAAACCCGAAAAUCAUGUUAUGCUCACUAUUCCCCGCAAGCCGGGGAACGGGCUCCUCUUCGUCGUCGGGGAUACAUUAUUGCAAUGUGUCGUUGAAUUUUUUUUCUGAUUUAUUUGGCCAUUGUUACCCUUCACGAGCAUCCGAAGCCUCGCACGACGGGGAUGGGGACGUACAUUGGCUCGCGGGGGGAUUUUAAAACGAUAAGUCUCUAGUCUUGUAAAUACGUAGGUAGUCUGAGGAUCCGGAAGGUUCGUCGAGGGUGCAGGAAGGGUGGAGGUGGGACCUAGGGGUGGCAAGGGCUAGGACUGGGGCGAUUGUUAAGAACUUAACGGCGACUCGAUGCGAUCCCUGUUGCGGAAACGAGAUUCCGCGGUGGCGGGAAGAAUCCGCUCGUGGAUCCCGCUUGCGGUUUUCUCGAAGACCGGCAAGGAGCUGGACUUUUUUUUUAAGAGCCUCUUCUUAUGCGGUCCGAACAACGGUUACUAGCGAAUCCAGGCCUCUUUGUAAACCUUGUUUAAUGCCGGUUAAGGCGACGAGACUUUCUCCAACAAUUGUAAAUAAUGUAACGAUCUGAUGUACUAUCUACCGCAAGAUGUGUGUCACGAGCGGGUUCCUUCGCCACCCGAGGAAAUGUCGGACAAUAUAAUUCUAGAUAUUGUAAUCGUUUAGCGGUAAUUAAGAGGCAAUCCCGUGUAGCACCCCCGUCGCUGCUUGGAGUGCUAAACCCGUGGAGGUGUAUACACGAGGCCAUGGGAAUUUGGACGAAUCGCCGUAUAUUAAUUAAUAUACGCGGGUAGAAUUAAAGGUCGACGUCGGCCGCGAUUUGACGAACUAUAAGAGUCGACUUUAAGGUUUAAUUUCCACCUUGUGCGAGGGAUAGGGUUCGCGCGAUGCUCAAUACAGGGGUUAGAAGGGGUGCGAAGGUGGAGGCACCUUUUCUUUCAUUUAAAAAAAAUUUCUUUUUAUUAUUGCGAGAUCUGAGAAAAAUCCAACACUCCCUGGGGUUGAGAGAGGGCGAGUGCGAGUGUGCCAAAUGCGUGAUACCUUAAGCUCUAGCGCGAUAAUUGACUACUAAUCAAAUUUAUCUUGUUAAGUGGAGGGACGUCUCUUCCCCUCAGGAUCGAGCCGACGAUUUUGAAGGGAACUUCUCUACGUGGGUCCCUAGAACUCUCCCGAAUUUAUCCGAGCUCACCUGGGGACGUUACUUGCCUGGGAAAAAAAUCCCAUCCCGCGGCGGAAACGUCCCCGGGUGAUUUCCGCCUAACACGAGGUGGUGGAUCGCACGGUACACGUAUGCGCGUAAACGGUUUUACAAUUGAAACGUGGAAGUGUCAUCACCUAGGCCUCUGCGCGCGACCUACAUCGAACGAUUAAUUAAUUAAUUAAUGUCCGAUAUAUAUACGUACAGGUAACAGGUUAGAGUAAUUGUAACGCGCCCCUUAGAGGCCUAUGUGCCUCCUUACGUUUCCAUCCCGAAUGUGCGUUCGAGCUGAUCCGUGGGCAUCAAUCUCCUGGGGGAAAGGAAUAAGGUCCUACAGUGCGCAUGCGAGUCCUGGAAGUAAUAUGCAAAUCGUGCACCAGCACCCAACGUGCUCGCGAACGCGGACUCUCAUGACCGGCUCGCGUUAGACACGUUUGUGAUAGUACAUUUAGACCUUGAUUAAGGGAUUAGAGAUUAAGUCGUGUAACACUUAAGCGACCCACGGCACGUUUAAGGAGUCCACCUUGUUUCUUGGGAAGUCCUCUUCUUCAUGGUGUCCCUCAUCGUAGGACCGACGAUUAUGCUUCGAUUAGGUCAUUCGUCAAUUUCAUUGAUUGCUCGGGAGCUGGGAAGGGGAUUAAUGGAGGAUGAAGGUUCUGAUUUUAAGAUUUACUAGAUUUUUGGGGGGCUUGGAGAUUUCCAUGGGGUUUGGCGCGACUUUUAUGGCGGUAUAUGUAUGUGCGCGAAUGCUUAUCAUGUUAUCAUAUACGCGAGACAAAGCCUUUCAUCCUGACUUCGAUGCCUAUCGGUUCGAGGUUUACGUAAUUUCUUUACUCUAUUUUAUUCCUUUUUUUUCCUUGUUAUUCGUACGAGUAGUUUCGUUUAUUCAAGAGGCUGAUUAAGUUUACCGCGUUAUGUCCGUCGAUAGUAAUCGGUUAUCGGAUAUCAUUUUGCGCGUCUUAUCAGUACGCGUAUAUCUCUUUAUUCUUCUUUUUUUUUUGUCUCUUCUUCAUUGGAAAUCAAUGAACAUUGUGGCGUCUGUUAAAGAGGCUGACUAAGUAUAGACCCUUCUCCCGCUGUAUACUUUCGAUAUUCGAUAUUACGCAGUUAUUGUAUGUUAUCUAUCGUUAUGUUAUACCGUUGUAUGAUAUGCGACUCUGGCCUCGUUCUCGAGCGCGAUUUUUAAUAGUUUAUUACCUCCGCCUUUUGCCGAUGUAAAUUCAGGAUUUAUUAAACUAAAGGAACGGGGAGCAGCGACCUCUUGAUGCCGAGGCUCGAGCUCCGGAUUUUUUAGCCGAGUGCAACAAACUGCAUCGAGUGCAACAAACUGCAGCGAGUGCAAUGCCGCUCGAGCCCGGCCUCACGUGGUCGUCGUUGAAUAAUUAAAAAAAAAUACUUUAAUGAACUUUGUUGAACAAUUCCGACCUCGUUUCUCGAAUUUACGUGAGGCGGCGUAAGCGAGUCGUGUAAUUUCAUUUUUUUUAUUUAUUUUUUAUUUUUUAUAUUAAGGAGGUAAUAUGAUAAAAUGAAGUGAGCGAGCGAGAGAGCGAGUUUUACUUGAAAUCUCUAUAUUAGAGUCCUUGGUGAUUAUUCAAAGGAAUGGAAGCGAUUUUGAAGGUUCUCUGAGAGAAGAAUUGAUAAGGGGGAGACGUCGCGUUUUGAUAACGAUUUCACGUAAUUUCGAGGAUCGCAUGUCGAGUUUGCGCUUCGGGGAGGGCUCCCUGGAUUUUUCUAUCUAUCGUUUACCUUGAUAAUCUCUUUUUAACUAGAUUAGCGGCUAUUAUCAUUGUGAUCACGAGGAACGUCGGCGACUAUUGAUAUUAAACUGCUACAGAUAUACUUCUAGUGAUACCUUACUAUCAGUGAGUAAUGACUAUCUAAUAAGGCGCUAUAAUCAGUCUGUAUCGUAAACGUCUCUCUUAACAUUGCGGCAAAUCGAAUAGUGGGGUUUAUUAACGUGGGAGAACAUGCGGAUGCAUCGGAUGAGGUGGGUUGGAGAUUUUUCCCGAGAGAUGACAUCUCUACGAGGAUCAUUCGUCAUCCCAUGGAACCUUUCCUCUUUCCAUUCCAUUCAGGAGCCGCGACGAGAGGUUUUUCGAUGAAUUUUAUACCCGCUGAUAGUCGUGGCAGCCUUCUAUGAUUUUUAAUCCGAGAUCUUUCUCCUCCCCGUCCCUGAGAAAAGGCGACGCCAUUUUGCGGGACGUCUCCCUUGCGUUUAGGCCCGACUCUGGAUAUUAAAUAUAUAUAUAUACAUAUAUUUAUUUGUAUAUUGUCGUAAGGAGAAUACAUCACGCAUCUUGAGAUUUCA